UCCACCCCAAAACGUUCUCUUCUUCUCUCUCUCUCUCUCAAAAUUGUGGAGAUGUCAUUCUGCAACUCACCAUUUCCUCCCCUUCUAUUCAUAUUUCUCAUCUUAAUCUUUCUUAUCCCUUCUGCAAGCUCUCUUUCCUUCAAAAUAUCUCGUUUUGAUCCCGAAGCCACCAAUGUUCUCUUUCAAGGCGAUGCCAUACCUUCAGUUGGAACCAUUGAGUUCAACAAAGUUAAUUACUUGUGCCGAGUAGGUUGGGCUAUCUAUGCUGAACGGCUGCACCUCUGGGACUCCGCCACCGGAAAGCUCACAGACUUCACCACCCACUUCUCCUUCACCAUCAACACGCAGGGUGCUGCCUCUUAUGGUCAUGGCCUCACCUUUUUUCUUGCUCCAGUAGGUUCUCAAAUCCCACCCAACUCAGCUGGUGGAUUUCUCGGCUUAUUUAACACUACAACAAGCGAUUCUGUAUCCAGAAACCAGAUUGUAGCGGUCGAGUUCGACUCUUUCUCAAACCCUGAAUGGGAUCCUCCUGUCCCACAUGUCGGAAUCAACAACAACUCCAUCGCUUCUGCUGUAUUUGCUCCUUGGAAUGCUAGCUUGCACAGCGGAGAGACUGCAGAUGUUUGGAUUACUUAUAAUGCUACUACCAAAAAUCUGAGUGUGUUUUGGAAUUAUGAAGAUAACCCCAAUUUUCGAACUAAUUCUACUUUAUUUUACCGGGUUGAUUUGAUGAAGGUUCUGCCUGAAUGGGUCACCAUCGGGUUCUCGGCGGCUACAGGCCAGAACGUCGAGCGCCAUAUUCUUGAAUCAUGGGAGUUCAGUUCCAGUUUGGAAGUAAAGGAGAAUCAAGGAAAGAACAAUAGAAAUAUUAAACUGGUAGUGAGCUUGGUUGUUACCUCAGCUGUUUUAAUUGGUGGGGUCUGUAUAACAGUAGCAAUCUUAAGGAGGCGAUGGAGGAGACAACCAGAAAGAGAAGCCGAAGGGUUGGCCCAGCUUACAUCUAUAAACAUUGAUUUUGAAAGGGGAGUUGGACCCAAGAGGUAUUCCUAUAAGGAGCUAGCUUCUGCAACCGACAACUUCUCAGAUGAAAGGAAGUUGGGAGAAGGAGGAUUUGGAGGUGUCUACAGAGGGUUCUUGUCCGACUUAAAUUUGGCUAUAGCCGUAAAGAAAAUAUCCAGAGGAUCUAGACAAGGGAAGAAGGAAUACAUAACGGAGGUGAAGAUUAUAAGCCGGUUGAGGCACCGGAAUUUGGUGCAGCUCAUUGGUUGGUGCCAUGACCGAGGUGAGUUUCUACUCGUUUAUGAAUUCAUGCCCAACGGAAGCCUGGAUUCUCAUCUCUUUGGCAGGAAGAGUCCUCUAACAUGGGCUGUGAGAUAUAAGAUAGCUCAUGGGUUGGCCUCGGCGUUGCUCUACCUUCACGAAGAGUGGGAGCAAUGUGUCGUUCACCGUGACAUCAAAUCGAGCAAUGUCAUGUUGGAUUCAAACUUCAAUGUAAAGCUGGGCGAUUUCGGAUUAGCUCGUCUGAUGGACCACGAGCUAGCCCCACAGACUACAGGUAUAGCAGGAACUUUGGGCUACUUGGCGCCGGAGUACGUUAGCACAGGCAAGGCAAGUAGAGAGUCGGACGUUUUCAGUUUUGGGGUGGUGGCCUUGGAAAUUGCUUGUGGGAGAAAAUCAGUGGAUCCAUUAAUGGAACAGGAUUCCCAAGUGGGGUUGGUAGAGUGGGUCUGGGAUCUCUAUGGAAGAGCAAGGCUUCUUACGGCUGUGGACGAGAGAUUGGAGAUGGGUUUCGAUGCCAAACAGGUAGAGUGUUUGAUGGUUGUUGGAUUGUGGUGUGCUCAUCCUGAUCACCAUCUGAGGCCUUCAAUCAGGCAAGCGAUUCAAGUACUCAACUUUGAAGCUGUGAUGCCAAAUCUACCACCAAAAAUGCCUGUUGCCACGUAUCAAGUACCAGCUCCAGCAAUCAAUUCGAGCAAUCCCUUGCUAACAUAUUCGAGCCUUCAAGAGGGUCGUUGAAAUUAACUUGUAUCUAUCUCAUUUGAUUUUAU